AUGUCGGCCUCGCCAGAGCCUCGAACUGAUUCCCCACCAGUCGAUUCCACUAUUGACAACGAAGAAACCGUGGCGAACGACCCGGUCCCCACAGAUCCUCUUGCCGCCGCGGAUUUAUCUGAUGAUGAAUCCGUUCUCUCUGAUGUUGAUGAAGCGCAGUUUGAAGGUUUUGACCCGGCGAACGUCGCCAUCGAUGAUCGUCCAGCUCUCGCGAUCGAUGAGGAGAAUCUCAAGUUAAUCGGUCGCCAUAAGCGCAGAAGAACCGAAGAGGAGGACGAGGCGCAGCGCAAGAAGAAAAAGAAGGAAUCCAAGCGUGAGAAGAAGAGUCGUAGGAAGCAACGGGAUAGCGAUGAUGGAUUCAGCGAAGGCGAAACGGUGGAAGGCAGACGGUCAAGGAAGCGCAAAGAAGGCAGGGAGAGAAGCAGCAAGGUCGUCGAUGAAGUGAAUGAGGAGGAGUUGGACCCAGCUACACGACGUCGUCGUGCCUUGGAUCGGAUGAUGGACGAGGCGUUGAAAAAGCCUACUAAACGACGUGUGAGAAAAGCAGAUGGAAUCGAUCUUGCGGAUCAAGCCGAUGCAGAGAUUGAGGAUGUCCGUCGCAGGAUGACCGAUGCAGCCAGACUUGACAGCAUUGCCCGCAGAGAGAACCGUCCCGCCCAGCACAAAUUGAAAAUGCUUCCCGAGGUAGUCUCGCUGCUAAACCGCAAUCAGUAUGUGAAUAGCUUGGUGGAUCCGGAAAUCAACCUUCUCGAGGCUGUCAAGUUCUUCCUGGAGCCUUUGGACGAUGGCUCGUUGCCUGCUUACGACAUUCAGCGAGAGCUUUUCGCCGCGUUAUCGAGACUUCCGAUCACCAAAGACGCAUUAAUUGCCAGUGGUAUUGGCAAGGUUAUUGUGUUCUACACCAAAAGUAAGCGACCGCAAACCACAAUCAAGCGGCAGGCAGAACGGCUUCUAGCAGAAUGGACGCGCCCUAUCUUGCAGAAGAGCGAUGACUACUCCAAGAGAGUCUAUGAAGAAGUUGACUUUGAUCCACGUCAACUUGCCGUUCGCCAUCGACAAGUAUCCGCCCAAGCCACUGCUGCCGAAGCUCGUGCCAGAGAGCUACUUCCUCCUCGUCUAGCGAGCCGUGCCCGCGCCCAAGGUGGACAUACGACAUAUACAGUUGUGCCUCGCUCCACCAUGGUGCAGGAAAGCAAAUUUGCUCGCCCAUUGGGUGCUAGCGGCGAGGAUCGCUUCAGGCGUAUGAAAGCUAGACAGAUUGCAGCGACGAAAGCCUCGAAAAGAUGAAAUCUAAACAUCAUUAACCAAAAUCGUGAUGACCACGCUAGGCCCCGUUGGCUUUUAUCACUGGAUGAUGACUACCUUAUUUUCUUGCAUGCCGGAGGACGAGGUGAUUUGCGGAGUGAGUCGACAACUUAUUAACUAGUAACUUCCCCUACCCCAUUAUUCAUACUGCCUCUUUAUCCGCUUUGUUGUUUUGCUUUGGUUCUGUAACGAUACGUGAUAUUUUCAUCCCCUUGAAGCUUUUCUUGUUCUCGAUGGCGUCCCGGAAGGUGGAUUAGGCUAGGGAGCAAAUGGCGGCGUGGAUCACAGCAAAGGUAACUAGUAUCAACAAUAAA